AUGGAUAUAGAAAUGGUAGCCGAAUUUUCCAAAAACGAAUCACAUGGAGCUUAUGAUGCGAUUGAACUUUACCCUGUCCUGUUGUCUCCUUCUGAUUGUAGAUCAGCUGACCCUGAACAGGAUUCGAGCCCGGUUCGUCCGCGAAAAGUAACAUCGCGUUACCGUUCCUCAAAGGACAGAAGCGACUUUGGAAGCAAUCCAGAUCUACUCGAAUUCCCACUUUUAUUGUAG